UCACACAGUAUAAAGUCGCUGGACCCUACAUCCGAGCUUGUCUACUUCAUCCUUAUCGUCAAGAUGGUGUUUCCAAAGUGGGCGCAGCUUUUUCUUCUUCAAGCCAGUGCUUCGUCAGCCAGCGCACUUGGCCGAAGACAAAAUGGCACCGAAAGCUUCGAAUCGCACUGCGCAUCCGUCGCUUCGACACUACAGGUUCCAAACGCCACGGUCUACUUCUCAGAAUUCGUUUCCGCUGGUACCGACUUGAGCCUUCCGGAGAACAAUGCGACUUGCACACAGCCUUCGCAAGUCGUGCAGGCAGAUCUUUGUCGCAUUGCCUUGUAUGUUGCGACUUCGGAACGCUCUGGAGUCAAUAUGGAGACAUGGCUCCCGUCGAACUGGACUGGACGUUUCAUGAGCGGUGGCAACGGAGGUUUGAAUGGCUGUGUCGACUACCCUGCUUUGGCAUAUGGGUCCAGUCUGGGCUUUGCAAGUGUCGCAACGAACAAUGGGCAUAAUGGAACCAGCGGCGGUGCGUUCUACAACAAUCCAGAGGUCCUCGAAGACUUUGCCUACCGCGCUAUGCACACUGGAGUGGUUACUGGCAAAGACGUCACCGAGCAAUUCUACGGCUCUGCUCAUUCGAAGUCUUACUAUUUGGGUUGCUCCACGGGUGGUCGACAGGGUUUCAAAUCUGCGCAGGACUUUCCUGAUGACUUCGAUGGAAUUGUUGCCGGAGCACCAGCUUUCGCAUUCGCAAAUCUCACCUCCUGGAGCGGUCAUUUCGUACCAAUUACUGGGCCUCCUGGGUCACCAACUUUUCUUAACAACCAGCUAUGGUCUGUUGUCCACGAAGAUGUCAUGAAACAGUGUGACCUCCUGGAUGGCUAUGCCGACGGUAUUCUGGAAGAUGCUUCCAUCUGCAAUUACACCGCCAAUACGCUUCUAUGCGAUGCAAAUGCAAACUCGUCCUCGUGCCUGACCCAGGAGCAAGUCAACACAGUGAACCAAGUCUUCUCUCCUCUUUACGCAUCGGACGGCUCGCUCGUCUACCCACGCAUGCAGCCAGGCUCCGAGAUCGUGGCUUCUUUUGUCAUUUACACUGGCGUGCCCUUCCCAUACACCGAGGAUUUCUUCCGUUAUGCGAUCUACAACGAUCCGACUUGGGACGCAAACAAGAUCAAUUCGACCGAUUACGACAACGCCGCUCGUAUCAACCCUUUCAAUAUCCAAACAUGGGAGGGCGACCUCAGCGCCGUACAAGCGCGUGGAUCCAAGAUUCUGCAUUGGCACGGCCAGAUGGAUGGUAUCAUUUCUUCUGAGAACUCCCCACGUUAUUACGAGCAUGUCUCGGAGACCAUGGGUCUUGCGUCCGACGAGUUGGAUGAGUUCUACCGCUACUUCCGCGUCAGUGGCACAGGUCAUUGCAGUGGAGGCGAUGGCGCGUCGGUGAUCGGCCAGGGAUUGGGUUCAGUCGAAAGUUUGGAUCCGCGUGAGAACAUUCUCAUGGCUAUCGUGGAUUGGGUGGAGAACGGCGUAGCCCCCGAAACGCUUGUUGGAACCAAAUGGAUCAACAACAACGAGACCGCCGGUGUGGAGUACAAACGUGCGCACUGCAAGUAUCCACUACGCAACAAGUACAGUGGACAAGGCGAUCCCAAUGACAUGGAAAGCUGGGAGUGUGUGGAGUGA